CUGGCCGGGCGCUUCGUGCGGCUGUUCUGGCCGUAGAGCCUGGCUGCGGCUCCGGCUUGGGGUUCGUCGGGCGAGGAUGGAGCAGUAGCCAAUCUUCUUUUUCCUCGCAGGACUCGCCUGCGGUGGUACUGACCAUGAGCUCCGAGCGCAGGGAGCACGCGACGCCCCAGUCUGACGGAGGUGGCUGCGCCUGUGGCCGCCGGGGCAGCGGCGGAGGCAGCUGGCGCCUCUUCCUGGGCUUCUUCGCGCUCUCGCUUGCGCUGCACCUCCUUACCCUGGGCUGCUACCUGGAGCUGCGUUCCGAGCUCCGCCGGGAGCGGGACCCCGAUCCCACGCCUUCUCCCCGUCACGGGGGGGGUACCACGGCCGCCCAGGGCUCCGCUGGCUCGGCCAGCCUGCGGCGCCUCGCCGAACCCACGGACCGCCGCCAGCAGCUGGCCUUGCUGAAUUUCUUCCUCCCUGAAGAAAAAUCGCAUCUUGAAGAAGAAACUAGGCAUGUCCGCCGAAAUAAAAGGAGUAAAAGUAGUGAAGGACCUGAUGGUCCAAGUUCAGUUAAAAACAAGAAAAAGGGUAAAAAGGCUGGUCCUCCAGGGCCCAAUGGUCCUCAAGGGCCACCAGGACCUCCUGGACCCCAGGGUCCCCCAGGAAUCCCAGGGAUCCCUGGAAUUCCAGGCACAACUGUAAUGGGACCACCUGGUCCUCCUGGUCCUCCUGGCCCUCAGGGACCACCUGGGCUGCAGGGCCCUUCAGGUGCGACAGACAAAGCUGGCUCCAGGGAGACACAGCCAGCUGUGGUUCAUCUCCAGGGCCAAGGGUCAGCAAUUCAAGUAAAGAAUGAUCUUUCAGGUGGAGUGCUCAAUGACUGGUCUCGCAUCAUUAUGAACCCCAAGGUGUUUAAGCUGCAUGCACGCAGUGGGGAGCUGGAGGUAUUGGUGGACGGCACAUACUUCAUCUAUAGUCAGGUAGAAGUGUACUACAUAAACUUCACAGAUUUUGCCAGCUAUGAGGUGGUGGUGGAUGAAAAGCCAUUCCUACAGUGCACCCGGAGUAUUGAGACAGGCAAGACCAACUUCAACACCUGUUACACAGCUGGGGUCUCUCUCCUCAAAGCCAGGCAGAAGAUUGCAGUGAAAAUGGUCCAUGCUGACAUCUCCAUCAACAUGAGCAAGCACACAACUUUCUUUGGGGCCAUACGGCUAGGAGACGCACCAACAUCUUAGAUGAACUUGGCAUAUACAUGGAGUCUCCCAGAACUGCACAGUGCUGCUUUUCAAAAGAAUAUGAGGGGGUUCUAUCAUACAGCCACAAAGAAAACUGAUCCAGAGCUAUUUAUUUCUUUAUGUGGAUACAGGAAGAGCAAGGUCACCUGUGAUUUGCAUAGAGACUUGUAUUAGAAAGGCAGUUGAGAAAGCAUUGUGAGGAAGAAAGGCUCGCAUGUCCUUUCUUGCCUCAGUGUUUCAAGUAUUACUGCACUGAUAUUCUGCUCUGUGGUCCUCACCCAAGAUUUGUGGUAGGAAUGAUAUGGGUUUCCUGCUUUUAUGUUGCACUAGCUAUAGCAUCCAUGGCAGCAGCAGCAGAAGGCGAGAAAAGACAGGCUUUCUGAGGAGUUGUUCUCUCUAGGGACUCAUACACUGCUGCCUUUGCACACUUAGGGCAAGAAACCUAUGGGUUUUCUCCACCUAUGAGGGAGAGUUCUAAAUUAGGGCAAUGGUGUUGCAAUGUGAAAGGUGAGAAUGAUCCCUGCUCAGUGAUAUUUACAUUCAUCCUCUGGACUGUAAGAAUAAGUAGGUUGAGGGCUUGGAAGCAGGCUGCAAAUGCAAUGAGCAUUUGAUGAGCAUUAAAACAUAGUCACAAAAUAAAAUGAUACCACGUAAAACAAACUCUCAGCAUUUUGCAAGCCCAGCAUUGAAAUGCUCUAGGCAGCUAUGACCACAAGAUGUUUCAGUGCCGCUGGUACUUUAAGCUCCUGCCACGUGCCCAGAGGUUUAAGUUGCUCUAAUGGGCACUUCCUGGAAGUGGUGGUGUUGCAACAGCAACUUGUGAUUUUACAAAACUAACAUGUUGCAUACGAGGAAAUAUUUACACAGGCUUCAUAGUGCAGCAUGCUGCAAACACGACUACCCACAUAAACACUCUGCAGCACCCACUGAAAUGGGUAUUUUUAAGAUUAACAUAUCCAAGCAAACAGGGAAAUCUUUUCUGUGUUAUUGGCAUUAUGUGCUGGGUUUUAGGAGCUUUAUUCUUUUUCUACACUAGUGAAGAAUCUUUCGUUUCUUGUCUGCCCUUCUCUAUCAGAAAGACAGUGUAAUAAGCGAUGGUUAACUAUUUUCCAACAAGGCCUGUACUGAAAACUUUGGUCCAACACAUACACACCCUUCCCACUUCUCUUUUCUCUGGACUCAACUGAUUCUAGUCCAAAUAUACCUUUUAGGCACUAAUGGAAAAACUCGAAGACUAUGUUUCUUCAGGCUUUCUGAGCAGCUCUUUCCUACUAUUUCCAUUUGAUUGGUGAGAUCUAAAUCCAAGACCUGUACUUGAAUUGGAGAAGUGGAAAGAGCUUUAUUCACUCCUCUGUAUCAUACCCUUUUAAAAAAAAACCUGGCCAUCUUUGAACAGAGCUUUUCCCAAAAAUACAGAUUAUAUAUGGGAGGGUGAUAUCUCAGUCAAUAUAUUAAAAUAAAAAUGAAUUUCUGGAGUUUGAAGAAAAUCCUAAACACACAGCCUGGUGCUACCUUCCUCUUUACCAGUAAGGACUACUUGACAGUGAUAACCUAUUGGCAUUUGAAAAUGACCCUCUAUCAGCACCACAAAGGCAGUAAUUGGAUUGGCCAACUAAGAUUCCAACCUAUACUCUUCAGCCCGGAGUACCCUUAGCUUUCCUAUUCUUCCCCAUUCAUAAUGAGCGAUGUCAUUGUAUAAGGAGAAAAGCACCUUCCAAGGCUGCCAUUCCUAUGGGAGAGAUGCAUCAUAGGGGGAACUAGCCUUUGACUUCAGGCAUCACUACUCAUUAGAGGGGUAUAGUUAUGCCAUAAGUGCACAAAUUCCCUGUUGUUCUUUUCUUCAUAUGAUCUGCCUCCUUUCCAGCCUCAACAUGUUGGAUUAGCAUGAGCAUUAGGAUAUUUAAAUAGUUUUCAGUGGUUUGUUUCCCUCAGAAUGAAUUAGAAAGACAUAUUCUUCUGCUAACAAAGAAGUUGGGAAAUGUGUGUGAUGGGAACCUCUGUUAACCAACUCAUUAACAAUAAUACUUUCGAAUACAGUCUACUUAAACGACAAGACUAGGGACAAGCAAAAGUUGUGAAAUGACAGGGAAGGGGAUGACGGAGUUAGUUAAGCUCUUAUGUCCCAUUCUGCUAGGCCCCAUGAUUCCCAGCUGAAUGAUAUGGCUUCCACUACGCAGCAAUAUUCCAUCUGUGCAACGGCAGAGCACUCACUGUGGGGAGCACCAUGUGUCUCUGUCUAACAUUUCUCCUAGCAUGUACAUAGAACAGCAAUGAAGGACUCCGGAAGGAACAGAAUAGCACCUUCCUCAUCAGCUUUAAUUUCUUGUAUGUUCAGUUAGUGAAAUGCACCUUUUCUGAUUUUUCAUUAGACCAAAUGAUGGAUUCAGUGUAACUUGAGUUCCAUGGCAUCGAGCACAGGAGGCUGGGGAGCAAAUGACCUGAAGAACUCUGAUAGUAUGUUGAGGGCCAAAUUCAUCACUGGCAUAAGUGAAUUUAACUCCAUUGUCUUCACUGCUGGCAUGAGAGUGUGAAUUGGGCCAUAAAGAGCCUUUUUAUAAAUGAAAACCCAAUGGCUUCUCUAGCAGCAAAAUCUCAUUAAUGGAGUAUUAGACUACAUUAUUAAAAUGACUAACUUAUUGUAAGUUCAUCUAGGUCAGGCGUGGGCAAACUACGGCCCAGUCUGUGAGCUGUUUUAAGCCAGCCCGCAAGCUCCCGCUGGGGAGCUGGUUCGGGCUGCACCAUGCGGCUCCUGGAAGCCCUGGCAUGGCCCUGCUCUAAGGGUCAGGUUCCGCUCCAUGCCUAGGAGCCAGAGAAGGGACUUGCCACUGCUUCUGUGAGCCACUUGAGGGUAAGCCCUGCUCAGAGCCUGCACCCCAAGCCUCUUCCCAUGCCCCGACCUCCUGCUCCCAGCCCUGAUCCACCUCCCGCUCUCCAAACCCCUCAAUCCCAGCACGGAGCACCCUCCUGCACCCCAAACCCCUCAUCCCCAGCCCCACCCCAGAACCCACACCCCCAACUGGAGCCCUCCCCCCCCCACACAUCCUAACCCCAAUUUUGUGAGCAUUCAUGGCUCGCCAUACAAUUUCUAUUCCCCGAUAUGGCCCUCAGGCCAAAAAGUUUGCCCACCCCUAACCUAGGUUAUAGCAUGGCUUCUUUCUGAGACAUCUCAGGGCCCCUGUUUAAUUUUCUGGUGGUGCAAAGGAAGUUGAGCAGAAGAGGUGUGAGACCAGAUUCUAGUAGUCACCAGGGGCGAAAAGAGGCACUGUGAGAGAGUUUAACGAGAUACUAGGGAAAAUAGGGGCUUGCUUCAGUCAUCCACUGUGAUGUCUUCCAGUCUGACACGCGUUGCUAAUCGGGUUGAGACAAGGGAGUGCUUCGGUAAUGGACAAAUGUCGAGCAUAUCGGGAAUUCUGGUGUGUGUUUGUGGUGCUGUGUUCUGCAAAUGCAGCCCCUGCUGCCUUCCUGUUUUUGUCUCAGCCCUUUCUCUUUGAGUAGCAAUCUACUUCCUCCACCCUCACCAGUGGGCCUUAACUGUCGUUUCAUUGCUAGCUGUGCCCCAGUUGCAGAAAAGUAGCAAAUGGUUACUGAUUUACAAUAUACAGUUUUAAACCCCCCAAAACUCUUUCUGUGGAGACAGUUUUUAGAGAAACUGGAAAUGCUGCUACAGUCAGGCCAUUGUUAAAAGAAGCAAAUAUCUGCAGUAGAUGCCUUUAGUUGUGAGCUGUCUACCUUGGAAUGAUUGACCUGCUGCCUUUGCUAUUCCCAAGUGCCCUUCUUACACAGAUAAGCAGGUUGCCUUCCUAACCUAUUGAGGACUUAAAUAGCCCUGCUCCUACUGACAAAUCGUGCCUGGUCAUCACUGGACUGCGAUGUUCCUCUUAAAGAACAUUAGAAAUUAAAAUGCAGUGAUGGAAGAGUGCCAGCAUUUGUGUUUAGAUAAGUAUUCUGAAUUGAACAAAUGAAGCUGGAUGGAUCAAUUGUUCUCACAAUCAUGGGAGCCAUCACAGGUCAUCUCAGCAAUUCUGCCCUUUUAUCCCUCUUGGGAGAGACAGUGAAGAGAAUUAGUCCUGAGCUUCCCGAGUUGUCCAGCUACUUAUUGGUCUUUCCAGUUUUAGUGCCCCUCCUGCCCCGAAACAGAAUCCUGUUGCUGUUCUCCUGCUCACAGCAGCCUUGCCACAAGUUUCUAGAGCAAAGAAAAGCAAGUGUGUAUUUUAUGGUAGUCUAAAGGUCACCCCACUGAACUGAGGAUUUAUCCACAAGUGCUGUGUUCAGGCUACACAUGUCACUGAGAUGCUUUUGAAUCGGUUUGGAAUGCAGAAAUGCUGCAAAUAAGUAUGAAUGCAGGCUUAACACCACUUGCUGCAUACAGAAGCUCACUCACUGUUGAAACAAAUAGCAGUGUAGUACGUUUCAUUAUUCUGUGCCUCCAUCUCUUCCAGCUGUCUCUUCUGAGAGCAGACUGUGCCUGCAGGGAGCAUUAGGAACAAAACCUUUGGUGACUUGGAAUUAGCAGUGUCAACCAUCUAGUUUUUGAAGGCUGAACUUCAGUCCAUCAUGCAGCAAGAUCCCUCCCCCCUUUCUUUUUAUUACCCCCAUCAUCCUGCAGAUAAGUGUUUCUGGCUCCUGGAUUGUACACUCUACCCACUUGAGUUUGCAAUAGGAAGCAAUCAUGUAUUUUGUUGUUGUUGUUGUGUAUCUUUACAAAUACCUACAAGAUGAGGUUUAUGUGUCAUUUCCUUUAAUUGAGUCAACAGUUUAUGAAUCAUUGCUUCCAGUAAACCUCCACUCAGGCUCGUUAAUGAAAAUAGUAUGGCAAAGGAGUUUUGGUCACAGAUACAGCAACUCCGAGCCCGUCUUACUGUUGUAUGAGCUGCACAGUGACCUAGUGAUGCUGCGUUGUGAGUCAGCAUCUUCAUUCAAGACACUAUCUGUAUAUAAAAUAUACAUACUGUAUAUAAACUGGGAUGUAAGUUUAUGUAAAUUGUCAGUAUUUUCUUUGCAAAUAAAGCUUUUUCCUGAUUUGACCUA